UGGCAUGCAAAUAUUUACUCAAAUAACCACUUAACGUUUUGGUUUUGUUCAACACUUGAGAUUCGUAAUUUUCCACUCUAACCCCCAAUCCUGCCUGCAACUAGUACUUCCUUCAUCCCUUGCCGCAACAAAACAAACCAACUAACUCCGCAUUCCAAAUCCAACAAAACCUAAGCAGCUUAAAUCCUGCCAUUUUGUAAUUGAGUCCAGCAUCUAUCCAACAAUAUAUCCAAAACAAACAACAUUAAAUAUUGAAAUCUAUGUAAAAUCGAAAAACAAAAACAAAUCGUUGUUCAUCAUUUUAUAGGAAGUGGCCGAGCUGCGACGUCAGGUGGCACUCGAGAAUUUGCAAAACCAGAGAAUGGAUAAUUUCGAACAGGAUGUACCGGUGGAGUUUGAAUGCUGCUUUUGCACAACGAAGGACUUCAAGGAGUUCACCGAUGCCGAGGGUGUAAUUUCGCUUCCAACGUCGGACUUCCACAAGCCCGUUUGCGUGGAGAUGCGAAUGGCUGCCAAUCAGGCGAACCGAGAUCUGCGCGCCAACCAGUUCGGUUUGCUGGCCCCACCUAUACACCUGCCGACGUCUCAGCCACAGAUAGCAGGCGCCAUUACUGCCGCUACAGGCGACGCACAUGCCGAAGUCAUAUUUUCGAUUGCCGGUGGUGGCGGCGUGAUGCGCACCCCACACCAUCUGCCCCAUCACACUGCCAAUAGCCUAGCGCCGAUUGCAUCGCAAUCAUCAUCCACCUCGUCAUCGUAUGGCACCACUACGUCCACCACCAUAGCGCUGCCACUCGACACUCCAUUUCGUUACCCACCAUUCAUCACUAUGCUACUUUGGACUGAGUAUGAAAUUAAGGAGGAAAGUCCUCUCUCGGCGUACGAAAAUCACACUCUAUACGUCACGCAUCAUAUCCGUGUUGGUAUAUGGCGCAGAAGUAUGGACAAUAACGAAUUGACGGGCCUUUACGCGUUGGCGACGACGAGUAAUUCAGACAAGGAAAUGAUGAGCUUUACAACGACAUAG